AUGUCUCUCUCAUUCAUUUGUGAUUAUUUUGGUUUGACUAAGUUCCAACGAGGAAAAGAUCUUGAAUCUUCCAUUUAUGACGUGAUGGUGAAACUCAUUCCAGAAAAACCAAACUGUUUCAAAAUGUAUUCCAAGUGCACCAGUCAACAAGUGCCUCAAUAUGGACAAGAACCAAUCUUUUAUCGACAAGAAGUAUUAAUGAAGGACAAAAAGAUUAACAAAGCAGUGUGUACAUGUCCUGAUGGUUCUCAAGGUCGAUGUAAACACAUUUGUGCUGGUAUUUUGGCCUAUAUUUCAAUUCUUACAAGUAGAAAUCAAGGGGAUGAACAAAAACUUGAACAAAAACAAAUGAUUUUGAAAAGUGGUGAAUUAGAUUCACAGGAGCAUGCGAGUCAAAUGAAUGAACGUACACUCUCUCAACACUCUGUGUCUCCUCACUCCUCUUCCAACGUUCUACAGGCCUCCAAUACUACUCUCCAUGGAGACAUUGCAAGCUCUUCCAAUGAGCCAAAAAAGAAGAAGAAAACAUUACCUGCUUGGAUGGCGUUACAAUCAAAAUCAGAGGAGAAGGAAUCCAAGAAAAAGUCAUCCAAAGCACAAUCAGAACUUAAAAAACCAAAAACGAGUUUCUUUUUAUAUUGCGAUGAUCAUAGAGAACAAGUGAAGGAAGAAUUAGGUGGUAAAGUUUCUGCAUCAGAAGUGGCCAAAGAAUUGGGAAAACGUUGGAAAGAUCUAUCCACGGAAGACAAACAAGUAUAUAUCGAUAAACAAAAGGAAUUACAGAAAGAAUAUGAAAAACAAAAAAAAGGAAACACAAUGGACAACUCGACCUCUGAACCACUUACAACGACACGACGAGAAGACAACAAAAAGAAAGAACCACUUUCACAACAACGAGAUGAAAAUUCAGAACGCGUAUCUCAUAACAUUGCAAUGUUGAGUGAACCAUUCAUGAAAACAACUGAAGAUUCUCCUGGAAAAAAGAAACCUCAAUCCUUACUACCCAAGAAGGGACCGCAUCAAGUCGUGCCAAAUAUUCUUCACACAACGUUGUGUGUUAAAAAGGAAUUUCAAAAUGAUAAUGACGACGAUCAUGAUGACCGUUCUGCAUGCAGUAAUAUUUUCUUUUCCAAAUCGGGUAACACAGAAAUUCAUCCAACCACAAGCAACAACAACAGAUCAGAAUUCAAUCCUGUACUACGAAUCAAGAGUGAAGUAUCGAGUCCUGUGAAGAAUUCUCUGACAAACGAAAACAAAUUUACCUUACCUAACCAAUUCCCCAAGGCAAUUCCAUCUCCACAACAGAAACGAGAUGAUGUUGAGGUUGAAACAACACCUGCUGUCGAGGAUGAUGAUGACGAUGAUGAAAAUAUAUCCAUUAUGGACGUUUUCUUUUCAAAGAAGAAACGAAAGAACCCUCCUUCACCUCGUAUGGAAACAGCAAGAGACAUGGGUGUCGUGUCCACUCGAGGAGGAGCACGUCACUUGGAAUCUGUUAGUAGUACGAACAAGGAUCAAGAAGACGAUGAUUCGUUAUCGACGACUACUACUACUACUACUGCUACUAACACAAAUGUAUUCUUUUCCAAGUCCAGUAAGAAACCAAAGAAAGUCCAUGACCAACAAGAUACAACGAUCGGUACAGACUUUACAACAACAACAAUUGUGCAGAACCAUUCAUCUUCUCCUUAUUAUCAAUCAUCAAGCAAUACAACACAGAUGGUUAAUAAGCUCCCAAACAACAACAAUGCCACAGGCAAUGACGACGAAGAGGAAGAAGAAGACGAAUUGACCUUUCAACAAAUCUUUUUCAGCAAGUCCACCAAAACGUCCUCAUCCACUCGGCAGCACAACGUGGCCGAGUCUAAAAAACCAAUGACAGAGAAAGAUGUUGAAACAGUUCGUUCAACAACGAACUCUUCUGGUGGAGCAUCCUCUACCAAGAGCAAACAAACAUCCCUUAAAAGCAUGAUGGAUGCCUUCUUUGAUUUUUAA